AUGGCAGCGCAGCGGCUGGGCAAGCGGGUGCUGAGCAAGCUGCAGGCUCCGUCGCGGGCCCGCGGGCCGGGGGGCAGCCCAGGGGGGCUGCAGAAAAGGCACGCGCGAGUCACGGUCAAGUACGACCGGCGCGAGCUGCAGCGGCGGCUGGACGUGGAGAAGUGGAUCGACGGGCGCUUGGAGGAGCUGUACCGCGGCAGGGAGGCGGACAUGCCUGACGAGGUAAACAUCGAUGAGCUGCUGGAACUGGACAGUGAGGAGGAGAGGAGCCGGAAGGUCCAGGGACUCCUGAAAUCGUGCACGAACCCCACAGAGGACUUCGUCCAAGAGCUGCUGACCAAGCUGCGAGGCCUCCACAAGCAGCCGGGUCUCCGCCAGCCCAGCCCCUCUGAUGAAGGCAGCCCACGCCCCCUGCAGGACCGCGCCCCGACUGCGCCCCCCUGACCCCGGCCUGCCUCCGCCACCCCCUCUGUGUCACCGCCACCCUGUUUCCAAAGUUGUACUCCAUGGUUCUGUAACAAUAACACCAAGUGGCUGUGUCUCCUCUCCCUGGUUACCGCUGGCUUCCCUGCCCCCCUCCUGCUGUGUCCCAGCCCCCACAGCUGGCCCUCCUCCCAGGCCUGAGAAGAGAUCUGCAGUCCUGGGCCACUGGCUCACUUCCUGUCCCCUGGCCCCUGUGGGAAUGACCCCCUGGGCCAGGAGGACAAUCCUGGCCCCAGGGUGGCCCUUGUCACCUUCACACACACGUGGCCCCAUAGAUCCACUCCGUAGAGAGGCCUGGGCACUUUCUGGAUGCUUGGCACAGCCAGAGGUGCAGGGACCACAAAGAUGAACAGAAACAGCUCCUGGCAGCCAAGUGUCCUUCCUGGGUUGUGGGGGGUAGCGGCUGAAUUCCAGAUGAUGGCUCUGUGCCCAGGUCAGAGGGGUGGUAGAAGUUAGGUGUGGUCUUCCAGGAUGCAUAGACGUGUGGGUGUGAA